CCUCUCUCUCCCUUCACAACCCAGAAGCUCAUUCAACAUAAUCUCAAAAUAGACAUUCCCAUAACACAAUCUCUCUCUCUCUCUCUCUCUCUAUUUUGAGGCAAGCAGAAGGACAAGGCAAGAUCACAUUUUCAGGUGAACAUCUACAAUGGAAAUGGAAUCCUGUGUUCCACCAGGUUUUAGGUUCCACCCAACAGAAGAAGAGCUUGUGGGUUACUAUCUCAAGAGAAAGGUGAACUCCCAAAAGAUUGAUAUGGAGGUCAUCACUGAAAUUGAUCUCUACAGAAUAGAGCCAUGGGACAUCCAAGAUAGAUGCAAGCUAGGAAAUGAGGAAAAAAAUGAAUGGUACUUCUUCAGUCACAAAGACAAGAAGUACCCAACUGGAACAAGGACAAAUAGAGCAACAGCAGCUGGAUUCUGGAAAGCAACAGGAAGAGACAAGGCAGUGCUCUCCAAAAACAGAAUUAUAGGGAUGAGGAAGACCUUAGUAUUCUACAAGGGCCGCGCACCUCAUGGGAAGAAAUCUGACUGGAUCAUGCAUGAAUAUCGGCUCCAAACAUCUGAACAUGGACCUCCUCAGGAAGAAGGAUGGGUGGUGUGUCGCGCAUUCAAGAAGCCGAGUCCAAGUCAUUCCCAGUGUUUUCAGAUGAUGAAUCGUGCUUACUAUGCAAGGGAUCAUGAUCAACACCAUGGAAUUCAAUCAUUUGCAGAGAUUAUUAGUCCUGUGCAAGUAAUUAACCAUUACCAGGGAACCACAAAUUUUCCUCCUCAUCAUCAACCUGUUUUCUAUGAGCAGGAGCUUGUAUCCAAGAAUUCUCACUUAGAUCAUCAACUCAUUGAUCUUCCUCAACUAGACAGCCCUACACUGUCUACCAGUUUAGCCACUAGAGAAGAUUUUGAGCCUUGUGGUACAUUGAAGGAGAAUUAUGAUUGGAGAACUUUGGAUGAGCUUCUGGCAUCUCAACUUAGUGACACUACCUCAUGUCCCACUACUAAUUUCCCAUUAAUUCAACAAGGUUAUGACUUGGAAGCCCAAAAUCAAGGAAAUAGUCUCCUUGGUUACUUUCAUAACUUGUAACAGUCUUAUAGUUUGUGGGUUACUUUAGUUGAUAAAGAGGACUUCUUGCAAAGCAGACUCCUCCAAGUUUGAGCAACUAGGAGAAAAGUAUUCUCUUUUCAGUUGUCUUUUUUAUCAUUACUUUUUAUAACUGUAAAUUAGGAAUUAUCCUUGGUAUCUGUAACUUCUUUAUAGUUAUUGUUACUAUCAUAUGGUGCAGUAUUACUAACUUUCGUUUUUUUUUCUUUGGUUGUUAUAAAGUAUGAUAAACUAAAUGAAAAUGUAGAAUUUUAUGUACUACUUUUAUUUUUUUCUGCAAUAAGAAUAAAUAUGUACUUGUACUGUU